AUGACAGCCAGGCUUGUAUCUCAGAAACAGGCGCUGCUCUGCAUUCUCUCCGUGGUUUUGAUCAUCACACUUGGAGAGAAUACUCCGUGUCCAGAAGGAGGUCAGAUCCACCUGGCCAGCCUGCAAUGCUAUUGGCUCUCUGAGAUGCCAUUGUCAUGGUUUGAGGCUCAGGAUUCAUGCAGAAAAACUCCAGGACGAAAUCUAGCAUCUGCUGACAGCCAGGAGCUGCAACAUUUCAUCUUCCACUCCUUUCCAGUAAAAACCACUGUGUGGGUCUGGCUGUGGGGGUUAGGAAGAGAUGGACCUGAGCAGGAUGAGGUUGUGGAGCCGCAAAGCCCAGGAAGGUGGGACGGGGACGGUCAGCGGGUUUGCUCUCAGAUGGCUUUGGGGGCGCUGGGGAGGAGGAGGAAGGCUCAGUGUGCUGGGCGAUAUCUGUUCCUCUGUGAAAAGGAAGUGACUGACUCUUUACCCUCUAUAGACAGCUACCUGACUGGGCUGGUUCUCAUGACUGGUGUCUAUGCUGUCAACAAGAUACAACCUCUACCCAGCGUCCCUGACAUCGGACAGCAGACAGUGGAGAUGCAGCUGUUCCCAGGCCUGUGGUUCAGUCAUGCAGGUCAGUUGGUGUCAGUGGAACUGGUGGUCCAGCCCAGCCCCGUGUCCUCUGUGGCUCGUGUCCAGAUCCUCCGACCCUACUGCAGCCCCAACCACCACUUGGUACCACCAGGGUGCAGCUCUCUCCUGAACCCAUUCAGCUGCUGUUCAGCAGUACCACUGUGCAACACCACAGGGGGCUGCAGCAUGGGCCAGUACUGGUGCCACCUGCUGGAGGCCUGCGUGCCCACCACCAGUCCAUGCAGCCCCUACGACUCAGCAGCAGUGGGCCGAGGCUUUACUUUACCUCCAAGAUACCCCGCGCUACCUCCUUUCUACCACCUGGUGGCAGAUCUUCCUCUGAGAAUAAACCCAAGCUCUCAACUGAAAACUCUGAGUCUGCUUCUUUCAGAGCAAGUCAUCAUGGUGUAUCCUGAUGAUAUUGUGGCCGUACAGCACACUCUUGACUCUGGAACAUUUCUGCAUUGCCUAAACGGUGAAGCCUCUCUAAACUCCCUCUGGCGCCAAAGUUACCUGUCCAUUAGCGGGACGGAGUGGGGAGGCUGGUUGGAGGGAGGCCUUACUUCACUGCCACAUGGGAGCAAAUGGGUGGAUGGGGUGGUGUGUGACCUGAGGAUGCUGUAUGUGGACACGCUUCACAGAGCUACUGAGCAUGACGAUGUCUCUGACUACACUCAGGCAGAGACAACCACAGCCCCUGAUAUUAGGCCCCCAACUGCAGGGCCUAAUCCCAGUCUGACAUCUAAAUUCAGACUGAAUGUCAUCCAUCCACUGCCAGAUGAAAAGAACCAGAUUCAUGUUCAAAUCAAUGUCCCAACCCUCCUUGUUGUCAAGGCCCUGUUUGGAGAGAAAGCCAGGAGCUCGUGGUCGGCCCCAGUGCUCCAGACUGGGGUCCCCUUUCUUUCAUCAUGUCCUGAAGGGAUGGUUCAAUCUUCACCUGGCUGUAAGAAACAGUCCCAGGAAGCCUGGUUCUCCUCUGUGACUCUGCUGUUGCCAUCAGCAGGGGUUCAGAUGCUGAACAUCAGUGUGAUGGAUGCAGAAAGCUUUCAGAAUGUGAGUGUAAAGGUUUGUGGCUAUGAGGCAGUGACAGGCCUUACUGUUGAGCCACACGGAUGCCUGAGGAUGCUCAUAGACACAUCACAGUCAUUUACAGCCAAAGUGGAGAGUGGCUCCUCAGUACAAUUCACAUGGGUGAUUGACAACCUGGAAAAGUUUGCCAAUGAGGGGGAAUCCUACAGUGUAAUGUUCAAGAAGCCUGCAGAGUAUAAGCUCCGGGUAAGCCCCUUCUCCCAAAGCCAGCAGAUCCUCCUGAUUGCAGAAGAAAUGACACCACUGGCUGAACCAGAGUUCCAGCUCGUCAGGGAGGUUGUAGCUGUGGAUGCUACUCAUGUCUACACCAUCAGGGUCAAAGCAGAUAUCUCUCUUCCAGUUAGCUUUAGGUGGGAUUUUGGGGAUGGCACUGGUAGUGUCGUCCACACCCAGUCUGCUCCAUGUCUGACCAUGGAUGGGAAUGUAAAACGAGGAGAGAAUCAGGUGUACGUACAGGAUUCAGUGAACCAUGCCUAUUCAGUCCCAGAGGACUACACGCUUCAUGUCCACAUCUCUAAUCAAUAUGACAACGCCGAUGCAUCCAUGAAGAUAAAUGUCCGCCCUCAGUUAAAAAGCCUUCUCAUUUCACCUUCCACAUUGAUGCCCCUCGUCAAACAGACUCUCUAUCUGGAAACUUCCAUUGAGCCCUCUGAUUUUCUAGUUUUCUACACAUGGGACUAUGGUGAUGGUUCCAAAGCUGUCCAAAGCACCCAUCAUAAAGUCAGUCACAGUUUUGGAUCUGCAGGAGUGUACAACAUCACAGUAUGUGCCAGCAACACUCUUACCUCCCUGACUGCUUGGCUUAUGGUGGUUGUAAUGGAGAAAAUCUCUGGAUUAACUGUCACCUACAGUGGACCAAAUGAAGUAGGCUCUUCUACACAUAUCAAAGCUGAUGUUGUCGCUGGCACCAGUCUAAAAUGGGAUUUUGACUUUGGUGAUGGGUUCCUGCAGGAAAAUCUUACAGAUGGUUCCAUCGCCCACAUCUAUAAGUUUCCAGGGAACUAUACGGUAGAUGUAACCGUCUCUAAUUCUGUCAGCCAAGCUCAUCGGUCGAUCAACGUUGAGGUCUACAGCUUGACUGUUAGUGGAGUUUUCCCAACAGAAUGCGUCAUGAGUGGAAAAAACAUACAGUUCUCCGCUCUGGUGAAUGGAAACGUAUCCAGUCUGACCUUCCACUGGCUUUUCGGAGAGGAUUCAUCUUUGACUGUGGUGACAGGACGUUCAACAGCCAUGCAUACAUUUCCAAACCAUGGGAUUUUUCAUGUCAAUCUGACUGUAUUUAGUUCUGUUACAUCUGUGGCAUUUAGCUCAACUAUCUGUGUUGAAAGUCCAAUAACUACUGUUGAGGUGCAGUCAUCACAAGAUGUAGUGGCAGCUGGAGAAGAGGUGUGCUUCAGAGUGUUAGUUUCACCUGAACAAAAGACAGGCUACAAGUUCAAGUGGUUGAGUAACUCUUCUGAACUCGCUGCUGUGGCAGAAAACUCUCAGAAGUGUUUUGUCUUUAGAGAUGAAGGUGUUGAAGAGGUGUCUGUAACGGUGCGUAACAAAGUCAGCACCACAACUGCCAAAGCUGAAAUCACCAUUCAAAAGCCUGUGAGUAAGUUCUCUAUUGCGCACGAUGGUCAAAUUGACACCCUGACAGUCAAUACGCUAACUACCUUUUGGGUUUUGGGUUGCACCGGCAGCAAUGCGUCAGUGCUGUGGGACUUUGGAGAUGGAUCUCCAGUGUCGCAGAAGCAAAACGUGUCACAUGUUUUUACCUCCACGGGUCAAUUCAUAGUCACAGCCACAGCCUUUAAUGCUGUUAGCCGGGAUUCCUCAUCCCUCAAAGUGAAUAUUUUUCUCCCUGUUUCAGAUCUUUCACUUCACACCAACCAUCCCUAUGCUGCAGUAGGAGAGGAAACUCUCAUCACAGCAAUCAGCAGUGCUAUUAGUAGCACUAACUAUUAUUGGACAGUAGAAGGUAUAACUUCAACCAAACAGGGGACUUAUCAGUUUAGAUUUACUUUCCCCAAACCAGGAGUGCAUCGAGUGAAGGUUAUAGCACAGAACUUAGUGAGUAAAAUGGAGGCCGCUAUUAUAAUUGAGGUCUUGGAAAGAAUAGAGGGCCUGCAAAUUGAAUGUCAAAGCCUGACAAACGAGAAAUAUGUAUCAACCCUCGAGGACCUGCUCUUUAUUGCUACAGUCACCAAAGGCUCCAACGUCACUUAUCACUGGCUUGUUACACAGAGCGGUACAAACCGACAAAUUACAGGCGAUGGAGAGCUUUUUCAUGUGUUAGCUGAAAGUCCUGGCAGUAUUUCAGUUCAGCUCAAAGCCUCCAAUAUCUUGGGGGAUAUCACCAGCACUGUUUCUGUAGUGGCAGUGGAGCGUGUAACAAGUGCACACAUAGCAACAUUAUCAAACAUUGUGGCGCUGGGAAAAUUAGUUAACAUCUCUGUAUUUGUGGAUACAGGGUCGGACCUACAGUACUUCUGGUAUGUAAACACAGAUCUCCCACCCUUGCAGACACAUGUACCCUUUCUUCUCCACACUUUCACAAGCCUGGGUCAGUGUCUUGUCAGAGUUUCAGUUCAGAAUUUUGUUAGUCAGAGUAACGACACCACAGAGUUUUUAGUUCAAGAAGAGGUACAAGGGUUGGACUUUCAAAUCAACAGCAAGAAAGAUCCAUUUUACGUCAAUGCAAGUGCUGCGCUCUCGUUUCAUGGGUUCAUCCGCAAUGGUAGUGACCUGCGCUGGGACUGGAAAGUUGCAACAGCCAAACAGAAUCUUUUUACCUCAACCAGUCAAACUUUUAUUUACAGGUUUCUACAUGCAGGAAUCCACCAGGUGUAUUUGAAUGUCUCCAAUAGAAUAAGUUGGCAGGUGGUUUCACACAGUGUCACAGUCCAGGAGUCAAUCAAAGGUCUUCUGCUGAACAUUAGUAAGUCUUCUUUAUGCAUCGGGGAACAAGUUACAGUCUUACCAACAAUCUCUAAAGGAAGCAAUGUAACCUUUGGAAUAACUUUCCAAAACAAAGACUGGAUUCAUAGACAGGAUAUUUCCGAAGGGCACUUUACGACAUCAAGCCUUCCAGUUGGGAGACAUCUAGUUACAGUGAAGGCUUUGAACCAGGUCAGUAGUGCUGAGGCGUCGUCUAGCAUUAUAGUAAGUGAGCGUAUUCAAGGUUUUCGACUUGUUAAUUGCUGUUCCACAACUUUAGAGGCUCUAAAAGCAAUCCAAUUCAAGGCAGACAUUCAAAGUGGGUUUCCAGUCCACUAUACCUGGAUAUUUCACUUGGGGAGGUCUGGGCCAACGAGACUCAUGGGACAAAAAGUGACCUUUACUUCACCAGAGAGUGGUUCAUUGUCUGUUAGCGUGCUAGCCAGCAAUGGACUCUGCUCUGAGACGAUAAAUGACACCGUAACAGUUGAGUGGCCUGUUAAGAAAGUCAACAUCGUCUGUCACUCAGAGAAAAUAUUUGUUGGACACAGUGUCAGGUUUUCUGCAGUGAAUGAAGGAAGCAAUGUGAGAUACCUCUGGGACUUUGGAGAUUCCACUGAAGUGUUGGUGACAGAUUUAAGUGCCGUCAAUCAUACCUAUUUUAUUACUGGGAACUACAGUGUUACAGUCAAAGUUCUUAACAGUGUCAGCCAUGUGUCCACACAGCUGUACAUGAAGGUGGAGGACCUUCAGUGUUCAAGCCCUCAGGCCUCCCUGCUCCAGAGCGAGUCCACUAUCUUCAGGUCUAGACCAAGUUUCUUCGAAGCUAGCGUGAACAUUAACUGCUCUGCUUACAAAACUACCUAUCUCUGGGAGAUAUACAGAGACUCAAAUGGCACCAAAGGCAGCACAAAUUUAUCCGGGAACAAAGUUGCUCUUAAAAGUCAGGAGGAUGCGACUUCACCUUUUCUCUUACUCCCAAAGCAUGUGCUCGACGUGGGAUGCUAUUCCCUGGUAUUUACAGUUUCCUUCCACGGAACUCCUCUUCUCAUCCAACGGAAGACCAGCUUCACCGUAGUCCACUCUCCAUUGGUAGCCGUCAUCAAGGGAGGCUCCCACCGACUGUGGCCCAGCUUCAGUGACCUGGUCCUGGACGGAUCGGAGUGUCAUGACCCUGAUGUGGAGCCAGGAGGAGAGGAUACACUGCAGUAUCACUGGGCCUGGAUGACAGCGGUAACUGUGAGUGAAGCUCCAGUGCUUCCUUUGACUGUAGAAUGUGUCUCCUGUUCCGUCCGCUCUCCGGCUCCACACAUCAGUUACAACACUCCUGUAGUCCUUGCUGGACAGUGUGAACAAUGUGAUGACCAGGCUCAGUACAAAUGGAGCGCUGAGGACCACAGCGGUCUGACCCUUGAUCUUGAUGAGCUCACCACCUCUACAGGGAGACAUUCUCCUAAUUUGGUGGUGCGUUCAGGUGUCCUGCAGCCAGGGCGGAGUUAUACCUUUGCCCUUGAUGUAUCCCAGCCUGGCAGCGGGCAGUCGGGCAGCGCCAUCUUGACAAUACAGCCCAACAAUCCACCACAUGGUGGCCAAUGUGAUCUGAGUCCAGAGUCAGAUAUACGUCUCCUGGAGACAGUAGUCACAUACAGCUGUUCAGGUUGGCAAAAUGAUGAAAGUAUGACCUCUCAGCUGAUCUAUACCUUCCAGGUGGCCUCUUGCCAGCCCAUCAGCAGUGUGUGUCCAGUGCUCACUCUCUAUAGGGGUACUCGCUCAGUGUUCAGCAGCCUGGUCCCAAUGGGAAGUCCUGGCCAGCAAAAGAACAUGUCAGUUAUUGCAGUUACUCUGCUGGUGGAAGAUCAUCUGGGGGCAAAGGUCAUUGCUCUAAACAGAACACUGACAGUUGAAAAUCCUGAAAGGGAUGAAGUUGCCAGUCAGUGGCUCAGAAACAAGAGCCAGACAGAACUGUGGGCUUUAGUCCAACAUGGCAACCCUCAGGAGGUCGUCCCUUAUUCCAUUGCUCUUACCAGCAAACUCAAUCAGAUGGAGUUUGAAUGGACUGCUGUGGAGCUCAUGGACAGGAGGGAGAUCCGGGAAAAUGUGACCCAGGCUCUCGCUUCCCUCCCUGUGUCCUCCUUACUGGAUGUUGAUCAGAUCAGCUCAGCACUGUCACAGUCCACUGCUGUUCCCAGUGAGCUGAUAUGUGAGAGCUGUCAGGAGAAAGUUUUAGAAGCUGUGGGGAAGAUGAUCCAUGUCAUAGAGGAGCAGAUGAGUCCUGCUGUUUUACCGGCUGUUGACACAGGAAGAAACAUCCUUAAUGUUAUAGGUAGCACCCUGGCUGCCGUGUCUUCCAGUUCUCACCCGGCCUACUCUAGCACUCUGCAGGCGGCUUCAGUAAUCGCCUUGUCAGCGCUGAGCCACGCCGGAGCCCUGAUGCGCACUCUGAUGCAUUCACGUGUUCACGAGGAGGCGCCACUUUCGCUCUCCACCAACUACAUCAACACGUUUGGUUUCCAAGGAGACCCCUCUGACCUCCUCUGCACUCAUCAGUUAAACGGGUCCAACCAACACCACAUCUCUCGCUCUUUGUCAUCAUCACCCAACGGAUCUGAAAGUUCCCACCCGUGCCAGUUUCAUAUCCCGACAUCGCUUACUGCUCACCUGAGGAGUCAGAGGUCGGAGGUGGUGCAGGUGCUGUUUGAUGUCGAUGGAGCUCUGGAGUCCAACCCUUUGCUGACGGCAGCCGAGCCUCCCAUCUCCACUACUCUGGUUGCCAUGGAGCUCAGCACUCCUCAGGGUCAGCCCAUACCCAUCCAGGAUCUGGACCCUGAACAAGCCAUACGGGUCACCCUGCCCAACAAGUACCCGGUGGAGCUGGGUGAUAGGGGUGGAGGUGGGAGAGAAGGUAAAGCUGGGAAUGGGACGUGUCUUACAGUAACACUCCCCACUGAAGGGCGACUGAACUUCACAGUAAAAGCUCUGGAUGACCUGGAUGAAAAUGCUGGUUUAUACAUCUCCUUCAACUUCAGCUUGGCUCCAGGAGCUACUCCAGUGAGCCUGGGACAUGUCAAGACAGAAGUGAGCUGUGCAGUGCCAGGGUCUAAUGCAUCCCAGGAUUCCCUGGUGAGAGAGUGGGCUCUCACUCUCUCUGGUCUGGCCAGCUCUUCGGAGGAAACUAUCUUUCUGUCUCCACUCUCGCUGUGCCAGUACUACAGCGUGACGGAGAGGAGGUGGAGAAGUGAUGGUCUGCAGCCACUGGAGGGCAGCACACUCCAUGCAGCACAAUGCCUCACCCAGCACCUCACCAUGUUUGGGGCCAGUUUGUUUGUUCAUCCAGGGGCUGUUGUCCUGCUGCCACCGUCAGGAGGACCCAUGCGGAACAUGGUGGUAGGGAUUGUGUGUGCCGUCCUGGUUUUAAUUCACCUGCUGGUGGGGCUCAUCGCCCACAAACUGGACCACUUGGACAGCCUCAGACUGAGCCAGCUUCCUCUGUGCGGCCGGCCGGGCCUGUACCACUACAGAGUGCUGGUCAAGACUGGCUGGAGGCCAGGGGCAGGCACCACGGCCCAUGUUGGCAUCAGUCUGUACGGUGUGAACAAGAGCGGCUCUCGCCAUCUGCAGAGGGACGGAGCUUUUCAGCGUGGCAGCCUGGACCAGUUUCAUGUGGAGACAGACGACAACCUGGGAGAGGUUUGGAAAAUUCGCGUCUGGCACGAUAACACAGGUUUGGACCCGUCAUGGUACGUCCAGCAUGUGGUGGUGUGGGACCCUCAGACAGACCACAUGUUCUUCUUCCUGCUGGAGGACUGGCUCUCAGUGGAGAACCAGAAGAACGGCACAGUGGAGAAGGAGGUUCUCGCCUCAUGUCCAGAGGAGCUGACCCAGUUUGGACGGGUGCUCACCUCCCAGCUCAUGUUUGGGAUGGUGGAGCGCCACCUGUGGCUGUCGCUGUGGGAACGUCCCGCUCACAGCUCCUUCACCAGGGGUCAGAGGGUCACCUGCAGCGCCCUGGUGCUGCACCUCUACCUGGCUCUGGGAGCUCUGUGGUACGGAGCCGUCAGCACUGAAGGCCACAGUGGGCCCGUGUCAGCUCAUCUGCUGGUUAACAUGGAGACGGUUGCCGUGGGGAUGACUGUUGCCGUGCUGGUGUUUCCUCUCCAGUGUUUUUUCUGUUUCCUAUUUAGAAAAGCUCACAGUCAGGUAACUGUGGACAUGUCCGUUCCUCCCUCUCCCGUUUGUCACUCUGUGGAGAUGGACGUCUACCUCGGUCAGUCGGAGCUCUCUGGUCCUUCCUUUCUGUCUCUGCCUGAUUCCUCCGGUCCAGUCCGAGACAGUCCUUCAUCUUUGCUGGAGAGCAAGGCGUUAAACUCCAGCAUCCUGGACUUCUGGGCUGCCUCUGGCUUGGCGCCCCAAACAGAUGGAGCAUAUCAAGAGAAGGCCGUAGUAACAUGGCCCUCGUGUGACAGCCUCCUCAAUCUACCAGCAGGUUCGCGCCCAGCAAAGACAACCCUCGCCCCCGACCUCUGCAAGUCUUCACCUGUGCAGGGCCCCACACGCCAGCUGAGAAGGAAAAAGGCGUUGAUGCAGCUCCACUUGGCCUCACCCGUCUCCCCCGUCUCCUCCACUGCUCUACUCUCUUCCUCUUGCACAUUUUCUGAGGACAUUUCCAAUUCUCACGUCUUCUCUGCCGAAGCAGGCCAGAAGUCUCUCAACGUGAACCCUAAACCAGUCCGAGUUUACAGCCAAAAUCUGACAACGCUUCUAACUCUGUCUGAGGAGGAUCUGCUAAUGUCCAUAGCAGCAGCAGAGGACACCGCAGAUGCAACCAACAGAAACUCAGACAGCGGUCGGGAUUCCCCCAGAACCACGUCCUCGUUCUCAACCACGCGCAGCACCUCCUGCAGCAGCUGGUCAGAUCAGAGUGAGGAUAAGUCCCUGUAUGGAGCAGAGAUCAGUAAAGCAGACCUUCAGUCCUACCCCUCUCUGUGCGGGGCAGGACUCUAUAAGUGUCCGUCUGUGCUCUCUGUGGAUUCAGUGGCCAGCACCUUCCUGCCAAGUCCUUCUCCUGACUCUACUCGCUCCUCCUCUACUACACGCAUAGGUGUUGCUCGAGGUCAACCCAGCAGGCUGCUUCCUCCCUGGGCCCUUUGUGUGAUUUACCCCCUGGUGGCUGUGCUGCUGGGAGCCUGCCUGGCAGUGGUGGGACUCUAUGGAAGUUUCUUUUCCAGAACAGUAGUCCUCAUGUGGCUCACAUCCGCGCUCUCUGCCUUUCUCACCUCUGCUCUGUUGCUGGAACCUCUCAAAGUGUGUGUGCAGGCCUUGAUCUGCACAGCACUGUGGAGGCCGGUGGAUCCAGAGGUGGAGGAGCAGCUGGCUCAGGAGACCACUGUGGUAAGAGCAUUUGGCGAGCAUAGUGGGAAGGUUCGACCGCCAUGCGGCUACGGGCUGCUGCAGGCGAAGGAGGAGGCCCGCAAAGUCCGAGCUCUGAGGUCGCUCAUGAGGCACUGUGUGUGCCAGCUGUUAUUUCUGUUACUGGUGCUGAUGGUGAACUAUCAGGACAGAAUGGAGCAGAGGCAGGGGAGGAUGCUGCACUCCGCUGUCAGAAAACGUCUUCACACAGCACCCUUGGGCUUCCCUAACCUCACCUCACUCAGAGACUGGUCAGAUGCAGAGCAGUGGAUCAGUCACACCUUGGUUCCACACCUCCAUCAAAACCCCAGCUUGCUCCUUGUAGGGUUACCACAGCUGCAGUUCGCACGUACACGAGGUUUCCCAGCAGUCCGCCUUCUGGGAAACAACAGCGUAACAACACACCAGCUCCUUGCUGACACAUGGCGCCUGGCAGAUGAUAGCAAGGAGCAGUUUAAAACUCUCUCUAUAGACUUCACACACUACCACAGAGAGUCUGGUUUAUUUAUCUGUGUGUCUACGCAACUGGAGUGGGCCGGGACACAAGGGGUCACUCUCUUCCUCUUCAUCCAUCCACUCCUCAUCCCUUCAUCCAUCACAGGACUGGACCUUCAGGUGGUGCUCACGAUUCUUCUUCUCAUCUCUGCUCUCGUCAUCUUCUUUGGGGAGCUGUGGUCCAUGGCAACCGAACGUGCUCAGUAUCUGCGUCAACUCCAUCACUGGUUGCAACUCCUCCUGGCCUUCUUAUCACUGACAACAGCCAUCCUGCAGCUCUGCUUCCUGUCUCUUGCCUCUUCAUGCGUUUCCCAGGUAAAGAGCGAAAUAAUUCCAUUGCUGUGUGUUCCAGCUGCUGGGAACCUUGAGGUUUGUGCGGAGGUGGGUGGUGAUAGGCAGAGUGCUGCAGAGAGCCUGGAGGGAGCUGUGGGCUCUGACUGUCCUAGUGCUGCUGCUGCUGCUGCUCUGCACUCACCUUGGAAACACAUGGAAGGUUUUGUGUCUGUACACCAGACCAGUGUCUCAGUGCUGUCCGUCCUGCGUGGCCGUAAGGUUCUCCAAAGACUCUGCAGGGUCCACCCAGUCCUGGGUCCUCUCUAUGGGCUGCUACUCAUGGGCGGAGGUGUUUGGCUCAUGGCCCGACUCUGUGGAGCUGUCCUCAUCCGUGCAUACAGGGCAGAGCAGGCCGAGUUAUUUCAUCCUGCCAUUGAACCUCAGGACUAUGAAAUGGUGGAGUUCUUUAUCAAGAGACUCAAGCUGUGGAUGGGACUCACCAAGGCCAAACAGUUCAGACACAGGGUGAAGUUUGAAGGCAUGGACAUCCCUCCUUCUAGGUCAUCACAGGACUCUCAUCUCUCCACCUUGUCUUCCACGCUGCCUCCCUCCCGCUCUCCUUCUCUGUUCUCCCCAUUCUCAUCGCCUCGUCCCCUGUCCUCAGCUCUCUCCAUACGGUCUGAGGACUCAUCAGUGUCCGAUCCUGGGUUCGAAGUCCAGCCUUACCUGGACAACCUGUUGCCCUGCGUCAAUGCUCUGCUGUCUCGCUUUGAUCGGGUCAACCAGAUAACUGAAGACAUUCACAACCUGGAGAUUAAACUAGAGGAGGUGCAGGCCAGGAGAAGAAAGGCACGGAAAAAGAACAAGGAGGAGAGUGAAGGAAUAUUUGGAGAGUUAAGAAAGCCAAAGGAACCAGAGGAAGGAAGGAUAGUGGGAGAAGUUAGACACAGGAAGACAGGUGUUCUUUACCCCAGGCCACGAGUCUCCCUUCCAUCCUCAUUUUCUUUCACUCCCUCCACAUUUCAACCCUCUGCUGCAUCGGUCUGCAUCUUUCCCCGUAAACGUAACUCCUACUCUGAGUCAGAGUCAGGAUCGCUCCAGUCUCAGCCAUCCAGUGAAGCAUCUUUAUCUGAAACUCCAAAGCUUGCACCCGGAAACUUUGGUUUGCACGCAGGUUCUCCUGGUUUUGCCAGGUUUCCCAGAAGAAGAGCAUGGUAUUCUGGGAGCUCUCAUUCAGCUGAUGCUGCACAGAGGGCCCUCCAGCUGCCAGGAGCUGCUUUGUGUAGAAAUAGUGGAGAAAAUUUAGCAUUCGCUAACACCAGACCCAGAAGUGAAGAGGGGGUACGAAGGCAAAUCAGUGAUGGUGUUCCAGUGAAAAGGAAGGCUUGGCUCUCUGAAGGACCAGAGACUGAGUAAGACUAUAUACUGAAUGCGUUCUCAAGAAAACUGACCUGAUGCCUCAACCCAGUCUGUAUGAAUGUGGUUGGCAACAGAGGCACUGACUUGCAGCUACAAAGUGCGAAACAGCUGGACUGUGUUUGUUCCUGCUUCAACACUGCAUAAUGUAACACUGUUCCAAUAAGUGGACAGAUUGCAUUGUGUUAACAGGUGCUCUUCAGGCGAAAUCAAAUGGACGCUUUUCUAUUUUACACAUGAAGAUGAGUUUACAGUACUACUUCUUCUGGCAUUCAAGGGUUUUUGGCAAGUCUGAAAAAAACCCCAAAUAUUAAUGAUAAAGAAAAGGAGAUUAAAACACAGUUUUGCACAUAAGUCAUUUAAUAAAUCUCUUCUUGCCUUCAUUGGAA